CCGCUCUCUGUGGAGCUGUCCAAAGUUCAGCCAAGUAAGCAGACUCCAACUGGGAAAAUCCCAUGUGUCAGCUGUGGAAAACAGGGCCAUUAUGCAGGUGAAUGCCCAGCUGGUAAGCCCACCCUGGAGCAGUACCAGAGCCAAGCGGCCGUGUUAGCCGCCGCCGCCGCUGCAGCGGCUGGCCUUCCACUGCAGGUUCAACAGAGUGUCCACAAUUCCGUAUACAACACCUCAACUUUUGACCCCACGUAUGCUGCUUUGACUGGACUUACAGCUGCUGGAGCAAGGGCAGAAGGAGGAACUGCAGUGGCUCCAGCUGUGUAUGGAGCACUAGCUAGUCAAGUGUAUGGAACAGUUUCCAAUCAGCUCUACAGUGGGACAGUUGCAAACCAGGCACUCAACUCUGGUGCUGCUGCAGCUGCCGCACAGAUGUAUGGCUCCAUUAACCCAGCUCUCUAUGGGCAAGUGACAAGUGGUGCAGUUGCAGCCGCCGCAGCUGCUGCUGGUGCAUACGGUCCACAAGUUUACACGCACGCUUUAGCAAAUCCAGUGUUCCUAACUGCAGCGCACAGCAUGGAAGCAGCAGCUGCUGUUAACCCAGCUUAUACAGUAGCGCCGGCUCUCUACAGCGCUACCCCAGCUUACGGGGCUCUUGGGGCAGCUGACUCAGCAGCUUUCUUUGAAGCAGCAAGGGCGCACUACUUUGCACAAGGCCAGCAAGUGCUAGCAGAGCAACAGGCGAGCUCAAAGUCUGGAGAAAGGGACCGGAGUCCGCUAAGAAGAUCUGCCCCACUGCUGCCUGACCCUAUUAUGAAACCAUUUAUGUACCAGAGGGCCAAGCGCAGAGCCUUGUUGCCUACACCUGCAGGUCGAGAGGAAGCCGUUGCACAGGAGGAUGACGCUGUAGCCAGAUACUACGCGGAAUACUACCAGCAGUACCAGCAGCUGCAGCAGUAUCCACAGUACCAGUACGCGUAUCCAUCUCCCAACCAUCUCGCGGCUGUGUCAGCACUGUCGACUCUGUCUGGUGUGCCUACUCAGUCGGUGGCAACGCUCGACUCCCUCAGGCCAGUGCUGCCCGCCGCCCCCGUGCCUGCCGCUGCCGCCAUCGCCAUGGCAACACCCCGCGUGUAUGAGCCACCGCCGAUUCCGCCGUCGCACAAGGAGCCCCUCCUC